UGACCCUUAACCCCUACGCACCACUUUCAACCCAACAACAAACCAUGUUCUUCAAUCAGCCCAACAAUUCCAAAAAUCUCACAAAACUCAUCUUCUCUUCUUCUCACUCCUCAAUCUUGACCCUCCUACACAAACACCCACCUGCUUAUAUAUACACCCAGAAGCAAACCUAUGUUGAUGUGUACAUGAAAUGGAAGAAAGAUUCAUACCAUGACUCAAUUGAUUCAAUUCACAAAUCCAUUGAUCUCAAACCCCUAAUCUCUCUCAAGAACUGCAUAGCCUCCUCACCAGACGAAUGCAUCCCCAUCUCUGUUGUUUCAAAAAGGGGUUUGGAGUUGGGAAUACCCAUUAAGGUCGCUAGGUUCUUGAGACGAUACCCAUCUGUUUUUGAGGAGUUUGUUGGACCCCAGUACGAUUUGCCUUGGUUUAGGCUGACCCAGAGAGCUAGUGAGCUUGAUAAAGAAGAAAGGGAGGUUUAUAGGGUUUGUAAGGUUGAUAUUCAAGAAAGGUUGAAGAAAUUUAUAUUGAUGAGUGGUGAGAAAAGGUUGCCAAUGAAGAUAAUUCAGGGUAUGCAGUGGUACUUGGGAUUGCCAGAUGAAUUUUUGCAAGACCCUGAUAAGAAUCUUGAUGGGUGUUUUAGGAUUGUACAAAUGGAAGAUGGGUUAAAGGGUUUGGCUGUUGAGAAUGAGGAAAAGGUGUUGUCUAUAAUGCAGAAAAAUGCUAUGAAGAAAGGGGUUUAUAGCGGGGGAUCAAUGGAGCCUGUUGAGUUUCCACUUUUUCCAUCACAGGGGUUAAGGUUGAAGAGGAAGAUUAAGGAUUGGUUGGGUGAGUUUCAGAAGCUUCCUUAUGUUUCUCCAUACGAGGAUCAUUCGGAUUUCAAUCCGGACAGUGAUGUUUCGGAGAAGCGGCUUGUUGGUGUGCUUCAUGAGUUGCUUAGUCUGUUUGUUGAGCAUGCUGCUGAGAGGAAGAAGCUUUUGUGCCUUAGGAAAUAUUUAGGAUUGCCCCAGAAGGUUCACAAGGCAUUUGAGCGGCAUCCUUUUAUGUUUUAUUUGUCACUGAGGAACAAGACUUGCACGGCUAUAUUGAAAGAGGCUUAUUGUGAUAAGUCAGAUAUAGAGGUCCAUCCUCUGGCGGAAGUAAGAAAAAAGUACAUUAAUUUGAUGAAGGAAUCGGAAGUUAUUUUGAAAAGUAGGAGGAUUCAAAAUCAAUCUUUUGAUCGUGGAAAUGUGAAGGUAACUGUGAAGGACUUGGAUUGUACAGAUGAUGAGAGUACUGAAGCUGCAGAUGUUUCUUUAUGAUUGAUUAGUGAAGACAUGUAGAGACAGGCGUCUACAGCCGUAAAACAAUGCACAUGAUGGGCUUAUCAAGUAGGACUAGUCAGAGGCAAAGGUGGAAUUAUAUAAUGCUGUUUGGUAGAGGAUUUCUCGUAUGAGCAGAUGCUACGAAUGUUGCUCAUAAAUCAAUGGUAAUCUAUGCCGGCAUUGAUGGGCUUAUUGAUGAUAUGGGAUGCAUACUUGCUGUUAGAGUUCUACCUUAUAGGAAGUGUUAAAUCCUUAUGAGAACACCGCACUUUGAAAAUUGCAAUUCAAUACAGUGAUCGCUGCACAUAUUCAACCCAACCAACUGUAUGUAACAGGUUUCGUCUAACUCCUGUGAUCCUGCAGCUAUACAUUUUUGAUACAUUGUGGAUGAUUUUAUAAUGAUUAUGAUAAUCGCCCUGCCUAUUUUCUAUUUUGUAGCAUCUAAACACUGUAGCAUUUGUGCUUGUUUGAGCAUUUUGUAGUGAUAUCAUAAUUUGUCUAUGGCAUUUCCCCUUUUGCCAAGUCAACUGCCCCUUAUAUGUCUCCAUUUGGCAGAGUUUGUCCAUUAUUUUAUAUCAGACUUGGUUGCUCAUCCUUCAAUAUCUUCAUUGGUUGAGAUAUGACUCUCUUACCUUCCCAAAAAACAGAGAUGACUCUCUACUUCCAGCUACUGAGGAAUGUUUGCAGCUUUGUGCCUCUUCAGCUAUGAGUUUUUCUGGGCUUCACUGUCAGAAAUCCUUGGGGAAUGGAUUGAUUGGCCUAUCAAAGUCACAAGAUCAAGGCAUUAUGUAUUAUUUUUGCCCAGUAAGGUGAAGU